AUGGAAGAAACGGCUUCACCAGUAAGCGAAGUUUUUCUAAAUAACGGUGAAAUUGAAUGGCAACCUCUGGCUCUCACUUUAGUUGAAUAUCCAAAGGGUGAUAUAUUAGGUAAGUUUUUUGCCUUUACGAGCCUGGCCCCAUUUGGAAUUGGCGCUGGAUUUGUCACAUUGAUUCUAUUUCGAAGAGACCUUCAUACUAUUGCUUUCUUUUUUGGAACACUUGUGAAUGAGGCGCUUAAUAUAAUUUUGAAACAUUUAAUAUGUGAAGCUCGACCCCUUGCAAGAGGACAUCUAUAUAAUGAAUAUGGAAUGCCGUCAUCCCAUGCUCAAUUUAUUUGGUUUUUUAGCAUUUAUGUGCUAUAUUUUUUUAUAAUAAGGUUACAUCAUAUAAAUAAUAACAGUAUUAUAUCAGCUCUUUGGAGAAUUAUUAUUGUAGGCAGCUGCUUAUCAUUAGCAUUAAUUGUAAGCAUUGGAAGAGUAUACCUCAACUAUCAUACAACAGCACAAGUGAUUGUUGGCGCAUUUAUUGGGCUUAUAUUUGCCACAAUAUGGUUUAUAAUAGUGCACAGAGUACUCACACCAUUGUUUCCUCAACUAGUAUCAAUGAAAUUGUGUGAAAUGCUAAUGAUAAGAGACACAACAUUGAUACCGAACGUGUUGUGGUUUGAAUACACAACGUCGAGGCAGGAGGCGCGCGCGCGGGGACGCAAGAUGGCGGCGUUGAAGCCGACGCAA